UUCUCAUAAAUGGAUCGAAUUAUGCAAUCCUUACGGAGAAAAAGACGUCUAAAACAACUUCAAUUGGUAGUAACAAAUGUAGUUGUAGUUCUUAUGAUGUAUUGGGUUUGGUAUAUGACAAGUAUUGCUACGGUUAGGGGUGUUCAAUUGAUCCAAAGUAAAAGAGAUAGAAAAAUAUUGCGCUUAAAAAUUAUGCAUCGCUUAAUACAAGAAAGUGAAGUGCAUUGCAAAAGUGAACUUCGGGUUAAUAGACAAACCUUUAAUAUUAUUUGUGAGAUGCUUAAGGAGAUUGGAGGCCUCACUCGGACAAAAAAUAUGUCUCUUGAUGAGAUAGUUGCCAUGUUUUUGUACACUUUAGCUCACCAUAAAAAAAAUAGAUCUAUUGCUCACUUUUUCAUAAGAAGUGGAGAGACCGUGAGUCGGCAAUUCAACUUAUGUCUGAGGGCUAUACUUAAGUUGCAUGAGCAUUUGCUUUACAAGCCCACACCAAUAUUAGAAGAAUGUGAAGACGAAAGGUGGAAACCUUUUAAGAAUUGUUUAGGAGCAUUGGAUGGUACCUACAUAAAUGUAACUGUACAUCCCCAAGGUCGUGGUAAAUAUCGGACAAGAAAAGGUACCAUUGCUAUGAAUGUGUUGGGUGUUUGUGCACCCAACAUGCAAUUUAUCUAUGUUCUUCCGGGUUGGGAAGGCUCUGCUCACGAUGUUCGUGUUCUUCGCAAUGCUCUCACUAGGCCAAAUGACUUUAGGGUUCCUAGAGAAGAGUAUUUCAAUAUGAAGCAUGCUCGAGCAAGAAAUGUAAUUGAAAGAUGUUUUGGGUUACUUAAAGGGAGAUGGAGUAUACUUAGAAGCCCCUCCUUUUUCCCUAUUCGAACUCAAGGACGUAUUGUGAUGGCUUGUUGUUUACUUCAUAAUUUAAUAAGGAAAGUAACGCCCACAGAUGAUGUAGAAGAAGAGAAUAUGAGUAAUGACGAUUCCGAUAACGAUUCUGAUGAUGAAAAAUACGUUAACUCAAGAUUUAUUUAA